UUUAAAGUUUUCCCGUACAGUACUGCCCGUACUGGAGGUCGGAGUAGUGCCGGGUGCUCGCUUUAUUUACUGGUUUCAAACUCUAUCCGUCCGCUGCAGCUCAACAUGAAGGCGCCUCUGCUGCUCAUUGUGGCCGUUUGGCUUAACGUUCCCUACGGCGGCUCCUCGUCAUGCUCCGUUCCUCCGUCACAAUGGUGCUCAUCUUUGGACUCGGCUGUCCAGUGUGGGGUUCUGAAGGAGUGCCUUGAGUCUAAUUUCACCAGAUCCCAUCAGACUGCAGAUCCGGUCCAGGUGGGGCUUUACUAUGAGAGUCUGUGUCCUGGCUGCAGGAUGUUUCUCAGUACUGUGCUCUUCCCCACCUGGCUCUUGCUGCAUGAUAUCAUGACUGUUGACCUGGUGCCUUACGGCAAUGCAGUGGAAAAACAUGAUGGAAAGAAAUACACCUAUGAGUGCCAGCAUGGAGAACAGGAAUGUCUGGGCAACAUGAUUGAGACUUGUAUACUUAAACUGAGUAAAAUACCUUUCCCGAUCAUCUUCUGUAUGGAAUUCUCAACUGAUGUCAUCAAUUCAGCUCAAAGCUGUGUGAAAAUCUACAACCCUGAGCUGAGCUGGAAAAGCGUCAUGGACUGUGUGAAUGGUACUCAAGGGAACGAACUGAUGCAUCAGAAUGCUUUGAGUACUCAAGGCCUAAAACCUCCACACCAAUAUGUGCCCUGGGUGACCAUUAAUGGGAAGCACACAGAGGACCUUCAGGAUAAAGCCAUGGCUUCUCUCUUCACUCUGGUCUGCAACAUGUACCAGGGCGAAAAGCCACCAGCCUGUGGAGGUGGCAAGAGACACUACAAAAGCUACUGCCAAAGGAACUGAAGGAGCAACGCUACACAUGCUCAUACGCCUGCUCUGAUCCAGGUGUGGCAACUAAAUAAGGAAUACUGAGGAAUGUCAUCAAAUCUGUUUUUAAAAUACAAUGUUAUCACCGGUUUUUAAAAAGGGAACAAUUUGAAUACAAUUUGAAUAAAUUUUAUAUUCAUGAAGUGUAAAUACAAAGUGAUUCUUUUAAAUGUGACCUCAUUAAAAUCUGAAACAAUGAAAACAUAAA